AUGACCGGCCGUCCAUGGACGACCACCGUCUCCAGGGCGUUCACCUCGGGAGCUGCGGACGACGACGACGAGGCCGAGCAAGACGAAGCCAUGGUGGGACUUGUGGGUGCACUGGCAGCUGCGUCCCGUAAGACGCGGCGUCUUCCGUCGGGUGACGACUACGAGUACUACGCCACCUUCCCCGAGUUCAUCUCGCGGACACGGGCAUCGGGGCGACGGAUUCUGGACUCUCUGCAUGCGCUGUGGGUGGCUACCGAGCCACAGGUACCUGCGGAUGUUCGGGGCAUGGACAGUGCUGACGUGCCGGAUGCUUACAAGUUGCUCUCGGAGACUCUCGACUCGCUGCUGGAGAAGGCCGACAUGGCCCUCGACCGCGACCGUGGCUUCCUCCGCUCCGGUUCCAACGCCAAGGAUGAUGCAAAGUCGGAUGCCGCGUCCUCGCGCCGCGACCCGUCGGCUCGCCGUCCUCAGGACUCGUUUGCUGAUCAUGUGGACAACUCACGCGAGACUCCGUUCGCCUGCAAGCUCAAGCACAAGUACCAUGCUCUCGAAGCGCCUGCGGGCGUGUCGUCGACCAUGAAGGCCCACAUGUCCGGGCUCGGCCUGCCAGCAGAGAACGAGGCCCACGGCUCGGAUGGAAGCCAUCCAUACGCUGCCGAGCUGGCGACACUCUCGUACACCGAGGAAAUGCUCGGUCCCGUCCAGCCGACGCUCUACGCGCCGCUGGAGGAGACGCCGCUGGUGUGGGUCGACACCGUUGCCGGCCUCACCGACCUCAUCUCCGCCCUCGAGGACGUUCCUGUUGUUGCCAUCGAUCUGGAGGCGCACUCGUACCGCUCGUUCCAGGGCUUUGUCUGUCUCAUGCAGGUCUCGACCCGCUCGACCGACUACCUGGUCGACACCCUGGCGCUCCGGAGCGAGAUGCACCUGUUCAACAAGAUCACCGCCGACCCGCGCGUUGUCAAGGUCCUCCACGGUGCAAACUCGGACAUUGUCUGGCUCCAGCGCGACUUUGGCGUCUACGUCGUCAAUAUGUUUGACACCGGGCAGGCCGCCCGGGUCCUCGCCUACCCCUCGUUUGGCCUUGCCCACCUGCUCAAGUUCUACUGCUCGGUCAACACAAACAAGUCGUACCAGCUGGCCGACUGGCGCAUCCGCCCGCUGCCGGAGGACAUGGCCAAGUACGCCCGGAUGGACACCCACUACCUGCUGUACAUCUACGACCGACUCAAGAACGAGCUGGUCGCCCGUGGCUCGGUCAGCAACAACCUGGUUGCUGCCGUCCUCGCCCGCUCGCGCGAGAUCUGCGGCUUUGUCUACGAGAAGCCGGCCUUUACACCCGACGCCUGGCGGCGGGUCUACGAGCGGUCGUCAACCCGGCUCUCGUCGGAGCAGCGCGCCGUGUUUGCGGCGCUCUACGACUGGCGUGAUGCCCAGGCGCGCAAGCUCGACGAGUCGACCGGCUACGUCAUGCCCAACGCGCUUCUGGCGCGGCUGGCCCAUGCCAUGCCCACCCGCGUCGGCGACCUGCUUGCGGCCUGCAACCCCAUUCCGCCGCUUGUCCGCCAGCACGCCAUGGACAUUGUCCAGGUUGUUGUCGCGGCUGCGUCGGCGCAUACCAAGGCCGGCGGUAUGCCGUCGCCGUCGCGGGGCAAGGCGGUGCGCUCCAAGUCGGCCGGGUGGGCCAACGCCGUGACUGGCGGUGCUGCAACGAGCUCCAGCGCGGCCGGCAGCGGCAUGAGUGGCGGCCCGCGCCGUGGCGCGCGGACGCCGCGGUCGGCACGGGCUUCGCCGUCGCCGUCGGGUGACACCUCGGCCACGUUUUCCGAGGAGCAGUUCCGCGCCGCCGGCUGGCUGGAGAAGCCGGUGCUCGUGGCCAUGGCACACGCCGAGUCGGGCGGGAGCGCCGGCGACGUCGUCCCGCGCACCGCGCUCGAGCAUGCCCUGGUUGGCGGCGACGGCUCCGCCGGGCCCAAGCCCGGCAGCUGGACCGGCGCGUCGGCAAACGAGGUGAGCGCCGGGCUGGCGGCAACGACGCACGGCGCGUGGACCAAGCCGCUGUCGACGGCUGGCGCCGAGCGUGCCCGGGCCGAAGCAGUGUACAAGGACAUUGCCGACGGCAUUUCGUUCCCCAAGAUACAGCCGCUGCUUCAGCCCGUGGUCUCGGACGCCGCCGCGGCCGAGGUCAUCAAGGCCAUUCCGCAGCCGCAGACCAUGUCCGACAUCUACGUCCUCUCCAACCUCAACCGCAAGCAGCAGCAGGAGCGCAAGCGGACCGGCGACGACGGCGGCGAGGGCGACCGUGCCCCCAAGCGUGCUCACCUGCUUGUCGAGCCGGGUGUGCCGCAAGACCCGGUCAAGCUCAUGGAGCAGAUGGGCUGGCCGGCGAACCAGGCCAUGGCCUCGCUCGACGCCGAGGACCUCUCGGCUGCCGCCAACGCCGCCUCUUUCAAGGCGCACGACUACUCGGGCGACAAGGGUGGUUCCAAGGGCUCGCGCUCCGCAAAGGGCGCCGGCAAGUCGGGCUCGCGCCGCGAUGGCGGCGCCUUUGAUCCCUAUGGCCAGGGCGCUAACUCGCCGCGCGGACGCCGCGACAACUCGGGCGCCCGCGGGCGUGGCAACAACAACAAUGGCAACGGCAAGAAGCGGCGCGUCCGCAGGCGCGACCAGAAUCGUUCGGCCACGCUGCCGCGUCACAAGUAAAACCAGAAAAAGCCGG